UUGAUAAUUAUAUUUCAAAGUUUGUGUGUCACAUUACAAUUGUUGUAAAAAAUAAACGCAACUUUAUACGUGACGUGAAGAAGAUCUACGUCACUAGCUGCAAGUGACUGUGACGCCAGACGCUGUUCUAAUGUAAACAUUUUUUGCAGGAAGCUACUUACUUGUUUUUCAAAUGUUUAAUUCAAAACGCUGGCUAGUUCCGGUUGGUAGCGAAUACUGGAGAAUUGAAAAACAAGAGGUCACGGUCACUACAUCUACAUAGAAACGUCUGCGGGACAGACGAAUGAUUCCACGUCGCUGUUGUCUCCCUAUGUCAGGCCUGUCACACCUAUGUGUCUCACGUUUUUCUACAACAUGUAUGGGUCGGACAUAGGACGAUUAGAAGUUGGAACACAGGACCAAAACGGAACUGUCGUAGUGUUAUGGAGGAACUCUGGGAACCAGGGUCAUGAAUGGAAAAGAGAAUCGGUAACAAUUCCCCAAACCGGUUUCGGAUUUCGCAUCGUUCUGCGAGCAUCCAAAGGGGCGGGAUAUCACGGCGAUAUUGCUGUAGACGACAUCGAGGUGCAGCCAGGGACGUGUAACCCGGCAUGCGAACUAUCGUGUGAUUUCGACGCGGGUCUGUGUGGAUGGACACAGAGUAAGUCGGACCAGUUUGACUGGAAUCUUCACCAUGGAUCGACGACCUCCGUCAACACGGGACCAUAUCGUGACCAUACCACGGGAAACGGUAACUACGUUUAUACGGAGGCCUCAGCCCCUAGACACCACGGGGAUGUGGCGGUUCUGGUGUCCCCGCCCUUAACACUGACCGGCCCUAUCUGCUUCUCCUUCUGGUAUAACAUGCAUGGCACUGCUAUGGGAAGUCUCAGAAUUCUAGUGAAGCACCACCCUAGCGGCUCACCAAAACCGGUUUGGGAAGCGAGUGGUGAGAAAGGAAACGCGUGGAUUCACGGUCAGGUCACUAUACCAGCACACACCAGCAAUAUCGUCAUACAGGGCACUGUGGGAAACGGAUUUUUAAGCGACAUGGCCAUUGAUGACGUUUCAGCCACUUCCAGUUCCUGUUUGAAAGAUGAUUCGUUGGCCUGUGAUUUUGAGAAAGGUAUGUGCCGGUGGCGUCAGGCUCAGUAUGACGGCAGUGACUGGACGCGUCACACAGGGCCCACCCCCUCACUCGACACGGGACCCGGCUCUGACCACACAACCGGACAUGGUUAUUAUGUCUACUUUGAGACGUCUUCCGUCAAAGUUGGAGCAACUGCUACGUUGGAGUCACCGAUUGUGACGUUUCACACAAAAACGUGUCUGCAUUUCUAUUAUCAUAUGCUAGGCAACACGAUGGGCCACUUACGAAUCAAAAUACUGAAGAACCACUCGACCACAACACUGUGGACUAAGACGGGCGACGUGGACAAAUGGCUGUUGGCCAAAGUGACACUGCCUGGCUCAAACGUUCCUUACAGGGUGCUCAUAGAGGCCACCAAAGGAAGCGCCUACUUUAGCGACAUGGCUGUCGAUGACGUCACUCUUUACGGAGGAGCGUGUUCUUAACCAGAUGAACUGACAACAAAGGCACAAGCAAGAAAUAUCCUUUGCUGAUCUGGAUAAAUUAAACUAACUGUUAAAUUCA